AUCUUUGUUUCCCUGUGCGCCUGAUAACGUGCCAAAUCCUAACACCACAAGAAUCUCACCGCCUCAGCUCACAAAUAGCGCACCUAUUCUUCCAAUCUCACCUUCCAUAAAAAAAUGUGUUCGCAGGUCAGCGGAUGGUACUUCACAAAGGAAGAGCUAAUGAGACCUGUCAAGCCCAACGGAACCGACUACGAAUCGGCUAAUCGAUACCGGAAGGAAAUGUAUAAGUUCAUGAUCGGUAUCGGCUCCAUAUUAAAAGUUCCUCAGUUGACUAUCUCAACAGCGGCCGUGUACUUUCACCGCUUUUAUGCGCGAAAAGACUUUUCUGAUUACGACCGUCACGAAGUAGCUCUGGUCUGCUUUUUUUUAGCCGCCAAAGUCGAAGAGACCCACGCCAAACUCAGAGAUGUCAUUGCUGCUGGAUGGUCUAUGAGAUACAAAGAACCAGUGAGUAUGGACAGCAACGAAUACAAUGCAAUUCGAGAUAGGCUGUUGGUGCUUGAACGAGUGGUCCUUCAGACCAUCACGUUCGAUUUGUCUAUAGAACACCCGUACAAGUUCGUUUUAGAGCAAGCCAAACAGCUGUGGGGACAGACAGAUCAUAGAGAGUUUGCUCAGACCGCGUGGAAUUUUGUCAAUGACAGUCAUAUGAGCGUGGUGUGCCUUCAAUUUCGCCCAGCGGCUAUUGCUUCGGCCGCUAUUUAUCUCGCCAGUAAAAUCCACAACGUGAAAUUGCCAGACAUCAAUAACAAGCCCUGGUGGGAAGUGCUCAACGUGAAUAUGAGCGAAUUGGAAGAUAUUUCAAGUCAAAUUCUGGACGUAUUCGAUCAACCCUUGCCUAGCGUUCCUCUGUCUAAAAAUAAUGCGCAGCCCAAAAGUCCUUCUGCAGACACGAAAAAAGACGCAACUGAAACCAAGGCGAACGAACCGCCAAGUGCUGCUCAAGAGUCGGAUUCUUCAAAACCGUCAACUGCGCAGGAAGCGACACGUCCCUAUCACCCUCCAGAGCCGACCAGAACGCCGCCUUAUCAGCCACCGCCGCCCCCAAAGAAGCCGUCGUGUCCGCCACCCCCGACUUCUAGGCCGCCGAGCCCACCUGAGAAGUCCUGUUCGCCAGCUCACCAGAAAGUUGUUUGAACUUUUUUUCGUCAAAAAACGUUUACGUUUUUUUACCGGCCUGUCAAGAGCUCAGAGAGGGCGCCGCCAUUUCGCGGCGGUGGGACGCCGAAGCAAGGAACGCGUGCGUCAACUGACGGAGCGACGCUAGUUUCAGUCGGUGUUCGCUCAGGUAGCUGUCCGAACAGGCCUUUGCGCGCUGGAUGACCGCUUCUGGUAUGCCUGCCAUGCGCGCCACGGCCAGACCAUAGCUGCCGCGACACUCUCCGGGAACCAUUCUGUACAACGGGGUAAUCUCUCGACGCGCGCCAUGCACGUCCGUGAGUGCAGACAUGUGACAUAGACAAAUGAAGCGCUUCAGGCGGUCAUUUCCCAAAAUUUCGCUAAUUAAUAAAUGAGAAUGUGUACUGAA